UUUCUCUCUUGCGGGUAACAGCGAAUUCGUUCGAUUGUGUAUGCGAAUUAAUUGCAUAAUUUGUUGGAAAUAAUAAGUGUAGUGAAUUAAAAUAGGGAUACUUGUGAAAAAUCGAGGAAACAAAUAAUGCAAAGGAAGCAUAUUUAUCGGAAGUGUGGUUAGAAUCGCGUUCUUCCAACCGCGCAUGUCGCCACCUAUUGUUGAUCUGACAGGCUCUUGUGUAGUUACGGUGAAAGCGAUUGGAUCUUCUGUACGUUUCGUGAGAAAUUAAAAAGCAAUUAAUUAGUUCUACAUUGUAUGAAUCUUGUCAGAACUCAGUCGAGUGGAAUGUGUUGAGCAACAGAUUGUUCUAGAUAGGAGAAAGGAAAAUUUUGUCAAAGAUUUUUCUCUACUUUUGGAGUAGAUGCGUUCGAGGCCAGACAUGGCGGCUAUUCGAUGAACCAAUUGCAGCAGCGCUCUCUUAAAAGAUUAGAUAUUGUAAAUUCCCCUUACAUUCGCGUCAGUGAAUAAUUCUGUACUUAUUUUGGUCGUUACUAGUAGUAAUACAAGUUGUUAUAAUUACGGGAAAGUGAUCGUCGUUCGUCGACAGAAAAAUAGAAGCCACGCAAGAUCGUACCGAAACGUUUGAUCAUGAAAGAAUUGUGUUUGGUCACGUGACCAUAGCCGAAAAAUGGCGCAAAGAUCAGAGUACAAACAUGAGUUCCAUUUCAUUGCUACGAUGUCAUUUGUAUUUGUUUACAAGCACGCGUUUCCAUAAACCACGUGUUAAGUAAGUGCCAUUUCGUUGACAGUGUGUGACGAACAAUGACGGGGAGAGGGUCGAAGAGACGGGGCCGACCUCCGAAAUCGGUGGUCAUGGAAAGGCCCAAAAAAUUUCAAUACCAUCUUAUGAAGAAGCCGAAAUAUUUGCAAAACAAGGGUUCGGAAACACCAAACUCACAACCAAGUACACCGACACCUUCAAGACCAUCAUCGCCAGUUGAAAGCGAGGAAAGUAGACGAAGUACACGAACUCGAAAAUCUCGAGGAGCCAGAGACAGACAUUCACGAAAAGGUGGUCACUCAAGUUCUGGUGCAUAUCAACGCCGAGGUUACAACCCAAACGUUGACUAUCAUGAUUCUGAAUAUCAUUAUGGGUCAGACUUUGGGGAUGAGUCCAGUGAAAAAAGUGAAGUUGAAGAGGAUCUUUUGCAAAGCGAUGCAGACUCAUCUGAAAGUAUAGAAGAACCUGAUCCUUCCAGUGACAGUGACUUUUCCCUCUCCAGUUAUAGUACUACUAGUGGCACACCCCGUAAAACACUGCUUAGUCAGCAAAGACCACCAAGUCCAGAACCAUUAUGGCUCCAAAAUAGGGAACUACCGCCGUUAAAUUUACCUAAAUCAUCUGAUGAUCUAUUAGUCCCCAAAGAACUUGUUAUGCCAUGUUUAUCUAUUUAUGAAGUAUUGAGACACUUUCGUACUUUGGUACGUCUUUCAGCCUUUAGGUUUGAAGAUUUCUGUGCUGCACUUAUGUGCGAAGAUCAAACUAAUCUAUUGGCUGAGAUACAUAUUAUGCUCAUUAAAGCACUUCUUAGAGAAGAAGAUUCUCAGCAAACACAUUUUGGUCCUCUAGAUCAGAAAGACUCUGUGAAUGUUAGCUUAUACUUUGUGGAUUCUAUGACUUGGUCAGAAGUAUUACGUUCUUACGUAGAAAGUGAUAAGUCUUUUGAUCAAAAUAUUUUACAUAUUUUAUCAACGUGCGAAUAUCCUUUUACUUCUGUUGAAGAUAGAAUCAAGGUGCUACAAUUUUUGACAGAUCAAUUUUUAAUUACAAAUCCAGUAAGAGAAGACCUGCUGCACGAAGGUACACUAAAUGGAAAUAUGCACUAUGAUGAUCACUGUAGAGUAUGUCAUCGUCUGGGAGAUUUAUUAUGUUGUGAAACUUGCCCAGCAGUGUUUCACUUAGAAUGUGUUGAACCUCCAUUGGUUGAUGUUCCUACUGAAGAUUGGCAAUGUAGUACAUGCAAAGCUCACAAAGUUACAGGAGUUGCUGAUUGUAUACCUGAUGUUGAGAAAAAUGGUUCACUAUGUCGUCAAGAACAUCUAGGAUUUGAUAGACAUGGCAGAAAAUAUUGGUUUCUUGCAAGGAGAAUUUUUGUUGAAAGUGAAGAUGCAGAAGUUUGGUAUUAUAGCGCACCUUUACAACUAGAAGAAUUAAUGCUUUGUUUAGACCGUAAUGAAAUGGAAGUUGCACUUUAUAGAGAAUUGUCAGAUUACAAAGAUGAAAUCGUAAGACAAAUGGAACUUACAGAACAGAUCACUAAUCAGUACAAGGGUAACAAAAAAUCAUACCUAGAAGUAGAAAACAGUCUUAUACAAAAGUUACAAAAAGAACGCCAAGAGAAACAAGAAAAAGAAGAAGAGGAGAAAAAAGAAAAACAAAGGCAAGAAGCUGAAGAAAUGGUACGCAGAAUUCAUGAAGGUACAGAUUCUCUAGAAGAACAGUUGGCAGCUGUCACUGAACAGCAGGAAACAAAAUCGUCAGAAGAAUCAAAUGCAAAAGAAAAUACUCAAAAACUAGGUACAGAAAAUGUAGAAACAGAUGGUGUAGAUACCAAUUUAACAGAUGGAGUAAAUAAAGACGUUAAAGUCAGUAUAUCAUCGUCAUCUUCUGAAGAAAUUGAUGAAGAAGUAUUAGAAGGAGAAGAAAGUAUUUCAAAAAUUGGUAAAGAUGGAAAAAAACAUACUAUUGUAACAAGGUCAAAAACAGGAUCUUUACAACCUAGGACAUUUAAUAUGGAUGAUUUAAAGAAACGUAGUAGUGGACAGUUGUCAAAGGAAGAAUUAGAAAAACUAGAUAAAAGUUUGAAAGAGGAGGGAGAUGGUACUAGAUUAACAAGACAGAAAGCUCAUCAAAUAGCUUCUGGUACACAUCUCUUUAAAUUAGGGAUGGAUAACAACUUCAAAUCAUAUGUAAAUCAAUACAGUACCAAUCCUAUUUCUCUGAAUAAGGCCCAACGUAACGAAGAACGCGAUAAAAAGAGGCAUUUGUCACACAAAUUUUCGCUUACACAGGCCUCAGAAUUCAAAUGGGUUGGGAGUUUGACAGGAACGCGAGCUCUCUUAGUAAGCACACUUCGUCAGACAAUUCUUCAACUCGAAAGUAGCAUUCAAUCAUCAUUUAUGCAUACUAAUUGGCCUCUUUUGCGUAAACCUUGGACUACGGCGGUGGGUGCUUGUGUUAAUCCCAGAGAUUUUGCACGUGCUCUUAUUGUUUUACAAGCAUGUAUUAAAUCAGUAGUGUUUGCUAGUGUAUGGCAUGAUCAACUUGGACACGUGAAAUUACAAAGAGUAACAGCCCUUGAACGAGAAGAGAAGAAGCGCCAGGAUAAGAAAGAUAAGAAAGAAAGAGAAGAUGAAGAAGAACGUAAUCGUCUGUUUAAUUUUGUCAAAUAUACUUUAGGUUUGAAACAUCAAGUAUGGAAACAAAAAGGAGAAGAAUAUCGAGUACACGGACAAGGCGGAUGGCUAUGGGUAUCUAAUAGUCGCCGUCACAGAUGUUUUGACAACUCAAAAUUGGGUCUUCGAAUAGGCCCACAGAAAAUUAUGGUACAAAUUAAAGAUCAAGAAGGAUUAAAAAUAUUAGCUUUAGAUCCUCCCACAUAUGAUUUUUUGAUAAAAGAAUAUUGCUCUUCUAAAAAAGAAGAAAAUAAUAUGAAUAUUAAAAUAAAAGAAGAGAUUAAAGAGGAAGAAUCAUCAAAGGAUACAGCAAUUGACACAUCUAUAAAACAAGAGUGCAAAGAAGACAACAUAAAAAAAGAACCAAUUGAAGAUAAACAAAAUAAAACGGAAACAGAUACAAAAAUCGAAGAAAAAACAAUGACAAAAACAGAACCGCAGCAGAUUAAACAGGAAACAAAAAUGAAUUUAUCAUUUUUAGCUGGUAUGAAAAUCGAGAAAGUUUAUACACCUAUAAAAGAAUUUGAAGAAAUUGAUAUUAUUAAGGCACUAACGACUAACGGGAGGCUCCAUUAUCCAAAAAUUGCUAAAAAGACUAGGGUCGACGAUUUCUUGGCACGUAGAACACAUUUAAAACUUUUAGAAGAAAGAAGAUUAAUACAGACUGAGAAAUCAAAGGAGUUGUUAAAUCAAUCGACAAAUCAUAAAGCAGAUGGAGAUUCCGAAAUUGAUAUAGAAAAUAAUGAAGAAAGUGAUACAGAUGGAGUUGAUAAUUCUUUACAGAAUAUUCUUAGUGGAAAACAGCCUAAAACUAUGCCUACAUCAACCAGAGAAAUGCUGACUGUAAUAGGAAAGCGUAUUCAACACGUUAAAGCCCAAUAUGCCAAUAUAAUGAGAUUUAGUAAAAAUACUAGUUGUUAUUCACGAUAUUGUAAUAUGACGGCACCACCAGGAAAGAUUACAACUACAACACAAAGUUUAACAUCUACCUGUUAUUCUCCUAUAUGUCUUCAAAAAGCAAGACUAAAACUCGACCUAAUAGCAUUGUUAAGGAAAGCUAAUGCUUUAAACAAUAAUCAAUCGACAUCAAAUUUAUCAAUUGGAGCAAUUGUAGCACAACAACAAACAAAUUCAAAGACAGAUGGAAAUGAUGAAGCUAGAGAUGCAAUCAGGAAAGAUUUAGAAUCCGCGGUAGCAUCUGCAACUCAUUGUACAGAAGAAACACCAGCUACAAAUGUAGUAAAAGAUGUUGCUUCACCUCCUAUCAAAAAAAUAAAAGUUGAAUCUAAUGGUAAAGAUGUCAGUUCAGAACAUGUAGUGACCACUACAACUAAUAAUAUAGUUACUACUACGACAGUAACUACAACACAACAGACUAUAAAGUCAGUUGAUGGCGUUAUACAGAGUAUGCAGGAAAGUACAAGUUCUCAAAAUUCAGUUACAUUUUCAUCCGAAGUUAAAACAAGUGCAGGACAAAAGACAAUGAUUGUUAAUCGUAGAGGAAGAACAGUACAAAGAAGUACAAUGGCAAAGGAGUUAAAUGCUGAUGGUACAGAAAGAGUGUACUCUACUACUUCAACCGAAGGAAAAGUUUAUCUGAAGAAAGUUGCAAUCUCUUUGGCUGAUAGAAAAAAGAAGCGCACUCCUGUUAAAUACCCUUUAUGUUCCACAUUUUGUACAAAAAAUAAACAUCGUAGUAUAUUGCUACUUCCACAACAUGAAUUGCGUAAAUUGGCUAGGGUUGGUGGACGAAUACAAGUUCAAGGUUUUCAUCAUAUGGCCAAGGCAAAUAUGUCAGUAUGGCCAUAUCCCUGCCCUAGGCCCUUAUUUAAGACUUGUUGGUUAUAUAGAACAGUUGGCAUAAAAUCACUGGCUGCUGCAGCUCUUCAAUUAAGAAUAUUAUGGGCAUGUCUUCGUUGGGACGAUAUGGCUGCAAAACCAUUAUCUACAGAUGGCAAACAUCAAAUUACAACUGAUACAGAAAUUAUGUCAUUAGAAAUUCUUAAACACCGUCAUGUUGGCCAAUUUUUAGAUAAAACACAGUACUUACGUAGGAAAGUUGUUAUACCUUUGGAACUUCCAAAACAAGUCAGAGAAGUUACAUCUAUAAGAAGUGGUCUGCGAAAAAGGAAACGACCAGAAUCACCACAAAGCACCGAACCACAAGUUACAGAAGAAUGGGUUGAUGAGGACAAAUUGGAGCUAUGGGAAAUUAAACAAUAUGGUGAUAGGUUAGAGAAGGCUAAUGCCCAGAUUAUUACUAGGAGUCGAUCGGGACAACCACAAUCCGCGGUUGGUUCUAACCGAAAUGCAGGCGCAAAUUCUGGUAUGAGCGAUCAACUUGUUAGUGGUAAAGCAACACCUGAAGAGAUUAAAGAAAAGAUGGAACAGCAAUUGCGCAUGCAAAGAGCUGCUCAUCAACAAAAGAGAGCAUUAGAAACUCUAAAAAGCCCAGCCAAUUCUGGUUCGCCUACACAAGUUGUAAAAGUUACAGCUAACUCCACUCAUGAUGGCACAGUUAAAUUGGUUUCCAAAGUUGCAAUACCAGCAAAUCCAAACAGUGGGACAAAAUCACAACUAACUUCGCUUUUGACAACACCUGCACAGAAUAAGCCUUUUAUUAGUACAAAGCGUAUUUAUAUGGCGAAAUCAUCUCUUGGAACAACAAAAGUUGUUUCUGGACCUACAAGUAUUUUACCGAAAACACAGCAAGCUGGAAAUCAACAGUCCCUAAUUAAAGUUUCCAGUCAAGCAGGUUCUAUACAACAAAUUCAGCAAAGAGUACAGAUUAUAAGAGGUCCAGAUGGAAAGCUUCAAGUUCGAGGUUUGAUGCCUGGCCAACAAUUAGUUCAAAUGCCGGAUGGAAAGCUUCAUGUGUUAAAUAAUAGUCAAGCAAUUACUACUCUUGCACAAACUGGUGGAACAACCAUACAGACAAAAACAGCUACAACAACUACAGCUAAAGUGGCUACGACAGCUAAUUGUACAACUAAGACUAGUCCAUCCAAAACAACAACAAAUACAACGUCGCAAGUACAAGGUGUUCAGCAAUCACAAGCUCAAUCUCAGCAAGGAAUUCAACGUUCAUCAGCAACCACUGUAACUAUUGCCACUACACCCACACAACCAACCAAAAAUGCUAUUGUAGUGGCCAAUACUGGACAAAUUGUACAAAGUGCACAAGUCAUAUCUUCUGGUGGACAAGUUAUUAGUGGAAAUCAAAUAGUGGUUACUAAUGCUAAUUUAGCUCAACAGCUUGCAACGGGUAAAGCUCAAUUAACGACAAUCGGUGGUCAUCAAGUGGUUAUUCGUAGCACUCCGACAGGCAAUCAAAUUGUACAUUUAAAUUCAACAAACAGUGGUAUUAUUGUAAAAAAUACUGUAACACCAACUAAACAAGUUCCUGUACUACAAUCUACUCAAUCAACAACUACAGCAGCAACAGGAGCACAGUCAACUGAUGCAACAAAUAAUAGCACUGGUAGUACUACAUCGACGAAUGAGACAUCAACUACUACUACAACUACAACAAAUCAAACUUCCAAUGCUCCAGCACCUGGAAGUGUAGAAGCAUCUUUAUUAGCGGGUCAACCACCUGGAACUGUCAUUAAAUGCGUUACUGCUCAAGUUAUACAAACUACUCAAGGUCCUCGUAUAGUUUUACAAGGUUUACAAGGCGCAGAUUUUACCCCGCAACAACUUGUAAUGGUGCAGCAACAGGUCAAACAACAACUACUUAAAGCCCAAGCUGCAACAGGAAAACAAGGAGUUUUGGGACCUACUAAAAUUUAUUUAGCUGUUCAACCUGCACCUAGUAGUCAACAAUCGAUUCAAAGUUCUACAACAGCAAAUACACCUGCUACACCAGCAACAAAACCACAAACUGCACAACAACCAGUUGUUUCGCCACCAGCAGCAACUGAACCUCAAACGGGAACUGAAAGCAUUCCAGAGCUUCCAUCGACAGCAACUUCAAGUUCUCCCGAGAAACCGAAAGUAGUUGUUCAACAAGUUGCACAACCUAGUGUGACUACAGAAGAGGAAUCGCAAAAAACAAAUGUAGCUAAUGGUCAGCAACCUUUGCAAUCUUUAAAAGAAGGAAACGAUUCCUCGGCUAACAAAUUUAUUUUAACGCCUGAUUACAUACAACAAACCAUCAAGAAUGCAUUGAAACAAGAAAACCUUAAUCCUGAAAUAGAAGAAAAGCUGUUACAACUACAACGAUACCAAGAGAAGCAGAUGAAAGGGGGUGUUGAAAAUUCAGCAAGCAAUAAUCAAUCUCAUACUACGCCUACAAUUACGACUCCACGUGUCCCAUCUCGUAAAAGACCAGCACCUUCUAACAUUCCAACAACGACCUCAUCUACGAAUGUACAAUCAAUAACAAAUGAUAAAGAUACAGAUUGGGCAGAAACACCUAGAAAGAAGCCCGCAUUAAAACAAGAAAGUCGUGAAACUCCAAAAGUACAAAAGAUCGAACCAAUAGAGAAUGAGUCUACCCCACAAAAAAGAGCAGCAAAGCUAAAAGACAGUCAAGAGCAACGAAGAAAGCAACAGGUUCACUCACGAAUGCAAGUUUUGUUAUUUAGACAUAAAGAAUUACUUAAAAAGGAUAUUCUAAAGAAGAGAGCACUGCUUGAAAAAGAAUUACAGAUAGAUAUUCAGAAAGAUUUAUCAGCGGAAUUAGCUUCGAGAACCAAAGCGGAAAGACACAAACAAGAUGAGGUAAAAGUAGGAAGUGCGAAGCGUAAAGCAAAUGCUCAAAUGUCUCAACAAGUUAGUCCGCCUAAUAGAGGUGGAAGGCCAAAGAAGUAUAAAGCCCAAGGAAGCAAUACUACACCACCGGGUGCUUCAACCGCUGCCGCUACGAAUAGAAUCAAAAAAGAAAAGUUAUAUUGUUUAUGUAGAACGCCAUACGAUGAAACGAAAUUUUAUGUUGGAUGUGAUCUGUGUAACAAUUGGUUCCACGGAGAUUGCGUUGGAAUUACAGAAGAAAUGUGUAAGACACUUUCUGAGUUUGUUUGUACAGAAUGUAGACAUGCAAGAGAUACACAGGAGUUAUAUUGUUUAUGUAAACAGCCUUAUGACGAAUCUCAAUUUUAUAUUUGCUGCGAUAAGUGUCAAGAUUGGUUUCAUGGUCGAUGUGUCGGUAUUCUACAAUCGGAAGCAGACAAUAUCGAUGAAUACGUUUGUCCAAAUUGUCAACGAAAUUCUUCCGUUAACUUUGCUAACAUGAAAAAUCUUAAUGCAAAAGACCUUGAUCUCCUAAAAAAAUUAAUUAAGCAAAUACAGGCACAUAAAAGUGCUUGGCCAUUUAUGGAGCCAGUAGAUCCAAAUGAAGCACCAGACUAUUAUAAAGUUAUAAAGGAGCCGAUGGAUCUGCAAACGAUAGAAUUGAGGAUAAAUGACAGAUCUUACAAGAAAUUAAGUGAAUUUAUCGGAGAUAUGACGAAAAUAUUUGACAAUUGUCGUUAUUAUAAUCCGAAAGAAUCACCUUUCUUUAAGUGUGCAGAAUCCUUAGAAACUUAUUUUGUUCAUAAGAUCAAAAGUUUAAGAGAGAAGUUCUCUGAAGGAAAGUAAGCAAUCAAAGGAUAAACGGGAAAACUGUAACUAUAAACGAGUGGAAGUGUUUAAUUCGUGUAACAACAGAAAUGAUCUGUGCCAGUAGAAAAGAGACAUCCAAAAUAGUCAUAAGUAUAUUAGCAGUAGUCUGUAUAAGUUCACUAUUUAUUAGAAUUGUGUGAACAUUUAAUUUGCCUUCGCAAACUUUUAUUUGCAUUGUGUCGUACAAUGAAUUUUGAACCAGAACAAAACAUUUUAGUACUAAAACACAAAGUUUUCUUUAAGUACAAUGAUGCUUUUCUCAUUACUUCAAAAGCAUCAUUUAUUGUAAGAAUUUAUUAUAAAUUGCGUUUAAUAUUUUUGAAUGAUACAAAUAUAUUAUUCAUAAUAACUACUUUUAUUCUUUAUUUAUACAAUUAUUUAGACAAUAAAAUAUUAGUUUCUUAAAUAUAUUGUGCUUGUAUACAUCUUUUUAACAAAAAGAAGCAGUAAAUAUUUAAUAUAAAAAUACUAAGAAGAUGUAAGUUCAAAUUCAUAGAAUGAGAAUUCAGUUAAUGUACUGUAAAAUGAAAAAUACUUUAUAUUGAAUAAAAUGUGCAAUACAUGCUUAUUUAUUAUAUUUUGUAUAUGAAAAAGAUGAAAAAGCUUUUUAUAAAAAAUCAUCAUAACUUACGGUUCAAAAUUCAUAUGUUCCUCACAGGCAUCACUGUUUAUGUACAUCUAUCCAAUACGUGUAAUAAUGCAUGUUAAGAAUAAUUAUAAAUAUAUCAAAUCAGUGCCACUGAGCGUUUAGAAUGGUAUGUUUUUAAUAAUCUAAUGCAAUGUAUUUUGAAAAAUUAUAAAAACUAUGGGAAAAGUGGAAAGCCAUUAGAGUUCAUUAUCAUUCAAUAAAGAGGAAGAAAUUGGUCCAAUCACUGUCAUUAUAUUUCAUUUAAUAAAAAAUGAAACCAGUUUUCUCACAUCAUAGAUGUAAGGAUUAUUUAGCAAGCGCAUAAUAAAUUGUACAAAUUUGUUUAUUGUGCUCAUAAGUAAUUAUUAUUAUGUUCUUUUAUCAUAUAAAUUUUCUAUAAAAUUGUUUAUAAGUAACAUAUAUGAUGUUAGUUGAUAAGGAGCAAGCAGAUGUUUGCUUUGUAUAUAUCCAAGUAGAAAUGACCAUAAAUUCGUUCUCAUAUGACGAGGACAUUUAAAUGCAAGAAAUUGAAUUUGAUGAAAAUAUUGUUUAUAUUUUAGCUAUUAAACUACCAUUUGUGAAAAUUAUGAAACUAUACCAUGUAGCAUAUGUACGAGUAUGUUUAGUUUCUGUAUUCUUACAGAAUAUGAGGACGCAAUAUUAUUUCAUAAACGUCUAAUGAUCGAGAAAAAAUAUAUACGUAUAUACAUACAUACAUACGUACAUACAUACAUAUAUACAUACAUACAUAUUCAUAUAAAAAGCAGUAAGGAAAUACUGUUUCUAAUGUUUCACUAAUAAAAUGCAAGAGUGAAAGUAUUUAGUAAAUAUCUAACUCUUAAAUGUUGGAGAACUCAAGAACUUUUAUGAAAUUAAACUACAUAGACUUAUUGAGUUGGCAACUAAGCGAUAACUGAUUUUAUCAAUACCACCUAAUCACAGAAUCCGCAAUGACUUAGUUGCCAACCCAAUAUUCUGUGAAGGUCUAAGUAGUACCUCCAUAAGGAAAUUUGUUCUCUGAUAUUAAGAACUGUGGUUUCAUAUAUGUACAUUAACGUGUAUGUUCACGAAUUCAAGAUGCGUCUUGAAGAUUGUCAAUCAUUUAUUUAAGUGAGAAAAAAAACAGAUCGCUCAAAGCAGGUUGUACAUUUUUGCCAGGAUGAUGCUUGUACAGUAUUUUUAAUUCAAUGUUCACAAAACCUGGCACUGAUCUGUUUUUUACCUUCGACUUUCGAUUAUAGUUACAGAAUACAUACAGUUCGUUAUUUUGCCCAGAUUUAUAUACAUCAUAUUAGCUUUAUUGUAAACUCGUUCCAAGUGAUCGUGUCAUAUGCGUCUCAUUAAUUUAUUGAGGCUCUUCUUUUAUCUUUAUUAUAAUAUACUUCAAAAAUCAUCUCAAAGUGUGUCAGUAUAUUUAUAACUUGGAUAUACUGGAGUGUUAUACAUUUUUAUUUUAAUUCUUUGUCGUAUUCUAUCUUUAAAAAGUUCUAUAUCCCUAAGUUUGUUUGAUCCAUAUAUCACAGAGUUAACCAAAAAUUUUAAAAAAAUUUUAUUUUGUAAAGUAUGCCUCAAUGGAUUUACUCUUUGAGAUCUAGUGUAUCUUUAAUAUUCUUCCGCUUUGCCUCAGAAUACUAUUUGACUCAUAGAGACUUAUAAAUAAAAAUUAACAAGUAUUAAUAAGUAUUCACAUUAUAUAUUAAUGCGAGCGGAAUAUAUGCAUUUGGAAGUAUGUAAUGCUCGGUACUAGCUUUAUUGAUCUUCAGAGACAAACGGAAGAAUCAGAUUGUAUCUCAAAAAGUUAAUCUCCCAAUAUCUUUUACGAGAUGCACGUGCACUUAUAAAAUCGUUGAAUACUCUUGAAAUUUGAAUACGUUAAAACAAACUUGAUCAGGUUACGGUCAUUCUAUCGAGUAUUCUUUCCUUACAUAAGAGCGAUACUUGACGACAUACUGGAAUAAAGGAUUUUUCUGUAAAAAAUUGUAGAAAUACUUCAAGACAUAUAUUAUAUAUUAGUCGUGUAAGUUUUUGGCAUGCUACUGAAAUGUAAAAACUGGGUGAAGAAUUUGCAGCCACGUACAUUCUGUGCUGCUAUAUUUCACUUUGCCCGCUUAUUAAUCAUGUAACGAGGUGUUUAUUUCUAUUAAGAACAAAAGCAACAAAGUGUGAUUACAUAACUAUAUUCAUCUAAAUCUAAUACUACUAGUUUAUAAUAAAUAUAUUUGUACUAAUUUUAAUCAUAAACUUUGUUGUUUUUAUUGCACUAUAAAUAUAAGUUAGAGGAAAGCAUAGUAUGUUAAUUUACAUUUUUUAAUUUGUAUUGCUUAAAAAAUAAUAAACUACUGUAUGACAGUGGCUUCAUGAAACUUUAAAAAAGCACAUUAAUACCGUUUAGUAAUUAAUUUUUAGUUUUAUUUGCCAGAAACAAUGAUUUUUGUAUAAAGAAAUAAUGUUAUAAAUGAUUUCGAAUUACUCUAGUAUUAACAUCAUCAUUUGUAUUACUAUUAAGUGUAAACUUAAAUAUUUCAAAGUUCAAAUAAUAUUACACAGGACCUAUAUCAACAGCUAUUUACAUUCUUCUGUUAUGAUUUGAAACAAAAGUAAAAAUGUGUCAUUUAUGUGAAUGCAUAUAUUACACAUCUUUUAUCAUUUUUUAAACUUUCUCUCAAGUUUUUAUUUAAUAUGAGUUAAGAAUACAUGUACAUACAUAUAGUAGAAUUUCAUAAAUUCUCUAUAUUAGUGACAUUAUUUAAUAAAUACGGAAAUUUCUUAUAAAA